UGGCCGCUUUAUCUCUACUCAUACCUUCCAUUAAACACCCUUUCUCGUCUUUGGGGCAGCUUCAAUAGUGUGACGUUGCCCGUGCCAUUGCGUGUGCCGGGCUACAAACUCUACUCGUUCCUCUUUGGCGUCAAUUUGGACGAAAUGCAAGACCCGGACUUGACACACUACAAGAAUUUAGGCGAGUUCUUCUACCGAGAAAUCAAGCCUCAAUCCCGGCCAAUAGAUCCUACGGCUUUGGUAGUUUCUCCCUCUGACGGAAGAGUGUUGAAAUUCGGCAGAGUCGACCCCGAUGGUGGAAUCGAGCAAGUUAAAGGUAUGACCUACAAACUGGAAGCCCUGCUCGGGGCGGCGGAAUCACAGCAGACAGCUCAUUCAAUGUCGCUGAGCUAUGAAAAUGAAGCACACAGAGAGCUCCAUCAGGCCCACGAAAACGAUGAUGUCUUUUUAUCCCACCUCCGGAACAACACGAAUCAUGAUUGCACUGCUCGUGCCGACGAUCUGGAUCAACAAUCCUUGGUCACUUUCUCCCAACAGGGUGAGAAGUCCAACUUUCAUCCUUCCACUUCUCAAGUGCUGAACGUAUCAGUAGCCUUAACUCCAACGACAAAGGAAACCGAUCUGUUCUAUGCCGUCAUAUACCUCGCUCCUGGCGACUAUCAUCGUUUCCACUCCCCUGUGACUUGGGUAACUACCCUUCGUCGUCAUUUUGUCGGUGAACUCUACUCAGUGGCUCCCUAUUUCCAGAAAGCCUUCAACAAUCUUUUUAUUUUAAACGAACGUGUUGCAUUGUUGGGAUACUGGAAGUACGGCUUUUUCAGUAUGACUCCGGUAGGGGCAACCAAUGUCGGAUCGAUCAAAAUCAACUUCGAUAAAGACUUAGUCACAAAUACCACCAUGCUCAACGGUGAAAAAUUGAAGAAAAAUACAUGCUAUGAGGCUCAUUAUUCAAAUGCUUCUUCUCUUUUGAAAGGUGAACCCUUGGUCAAAGGUCAGGAAAUGGGUGGCUUCAUGCUCGGUUCGACCGUCGUCUUAGUCUUCGAAGCUCCAAAAGAUUUUAAGUUCACUCUACAAGAAGACCAAUACGUUAAAGUGGGUCAAUGUAUAGGUGAACUG